AUGGGAGCAGAUGUGUCGAAUAUUCCAGGAAUGGGGAGAAAUGUAUUCUGGGCAGCUCACUAUAUAUUUGCAGAUGUGGACUGGCUGACACUGGAUGACCGGAUCUACUAUGCACUCGUGACUAUUCAACAAAUUUACCUUCCCAUCCUUGCUAUUGUUGCUGUUCCUGUGAACAUUGUGACGAUUGCGAUUCUAUCCCGGGGGAAGUGCGGACUCUCCAAAGUUGUCACUCACUACCUGGUUGCCAUGGCAGCGGCAGAUCUUCUGGUCGUUUUUCUCGACCUGAUUUUGAGGCAGAUUCCAGUUGUUUAUUGGAAAUACUUCAGGUUCCUGUUUUCGCUCCGCAUGUGUAACAUCCAGGCGGCCAUGAUUUACGCAGCCACCGACUGUUCGGUUUGGUUUACCGUCGCUUUCACAUUUGAUCGAUGUGUGGCCAUUUGUUACCAGAGGCUGAAGAAUAAAUACUGCACUGAGAGAAUGGCGGCAGUGGUUCUGGGUACAGUGACCGCUGUGAGCUGUUCAAAGAAUAUUUUCUGGUAUUUUAUUCUCACAGGUAUGUACUUUUUUGCUGAUAACCCCAGAUUUUGCGGGACAAGAAAUAGUUUUCAAGGUUCUUCAGUCUGGAGAAUAAUUGCCAUCCUCCAUUACCUGCUCACCCCUGUGGUCCCAUUUGUUCUGGUUCUGCUGCUCAAUGCAGUGACCAUCAGACACAUUUUGGUGGCCAGCAGAGCCCGCAAGAGACUCCGAGUUCUGGGUAUUGGUGAAACUCCCAGUGACCCAGAAUUGGAGAGCCGCAGAAAAUCCGUCAUCCUAUUGCUGGCGAUUUCAGGGAACUUCAUUUCCUUAUGGGCAUUGCUUGCUGUAAAUUUUAUAUGGGUCAAACUGUAUCAGCUGGUGCGGGGGACAACAUUUCCACCUUAUUCAAUGCAGGAGGUGGCCUACAUGCUGCAGCUCCUUAGCUGCUGCACGAAUACGGCUCUUUACGCUGUGACCCAGACGCUUUUUAGGGAGCAGCUGAAAGAUAUUGUGAAAUAUCCUCUCACUCUCAUUAUAAAACACACCCAGUUCCAACCAGAUCCAAGCAAUCCAUUGCCUUGUUCUGCCUAA